AGGUCAGAGGUCGCCAAGAUGGCGGCGGCGGCGGUGCGGCGGGCUCUGAAGGCAGCGCGGCCUCCGCCGGUUCCGCAGCGCGGCCUGGCCAAGCCCGCGGGGCCACCGAGUGCCCGGCAGCUGCGGGAAGCCGAUGAGGCCUCCCCGAUCUUCCAGUACGUGGGGAAGGCGGUUAAGCGGAAGGAUCGCGUCUUCGUGUGGGGUUUCUCCUACUCGGGCGCUCUGGGCGUGCCCAGCUUCGUGAAGCCGGACGCGGGCUGGAAGAAGCCGCGGCGGAUCCAAGCGACGCCUUACCGGCUGGAAACGGAGGAGAAGAUAACGUCUGCUGCCUGUGGUUAUGGAUUCACGUUGCUGUCCUCUAACACCACCGACAUCACCAAAGUGUGGGGCAUGGGCCUGAACAAGGACUCCCAGCUUGGAUUUCAGAGAAGCAUAAGAGACAGAACUAAAGGCUAUGAAUACGUCUUAGAACCAUCUCCAAUUCCAUUACCACUGGAGAAGCCACAGAAGACUCGAGUCUUGCAGGUGUCCUGUGGAAGAGCUCAUUCCCUGGUCCUGACAGAUAGCGAAGGAGUCUUCACCAUGGGAAACAAUUCUUAUGGACAGUGUGGUCGGAAAGUUGUUGAAGAUGAAAUUUACAGUGAAAGUCAUUUAAUUCAUCAGCUGAAUGAUUUUGACAGCAGAGUUGUCCAGGUUGUGUGUGGGCAGGACCACAGUCUGUUUAGAACCAAGAAAGGUGCUGUCUUUGCAUGUGGCUGGGGAGCUGAUGGACAAACAGGUCUUGGACACUACAAUAUCACCAGUGUUCCAACUAAGCUAGGUGGUGACAUUGCUGGAGUAAACAUUGUUCAAGUCUCUUCCUAUGGGGACUGUUGUCUGGCUGUUUCAGAUGAGGGAGACCUCUUUGGUUGGGGAAAUUCAGAAUACUUGCAGUUGGCAUCUGUCACAGAAACCACACAGGUGAACGUUCCCAGACAUUUGCCAUUUAAGAUUGGGAAGAUAAAGGAGGCUGCGUGUGGAGGUACUGGCAACAUUGUACUGACUGAAGAAGGAGCUGUUUUCGUCUGGGGGUAUGGAAUUCUUGGGAAAGGACCAAACCUAACUGAAACAGCAGUGCCAGAGAUGAUCCCCCCCAGCCUUUUUGGCUGGUCAGACUUCAGUUCGGAUGUCCGUGUUGCUCGUGUUCGCUGUGGACUCAGCCACUUUGCAGCACUUACAAACAGAGGAGAACUCUUUGUAUGGGGCAAGAAUCUAAGAGGGUGCCUGGGAAUUGGAAGAAUGGAAGACCAGUAUUUCCCAUGGAGGGUAACUAUACCCGGUGAAGUGGUGGAUGUUGCAUGUGGAGUUGAUCAUAUGGUAAGCAUGGUUAAAUCUUUCAUGUAAUAUUGCUGAGCCUUGGCACCGUGCUUUGAAGAUGUGGCGAAGAGCUUCUUGGAAAAGAAGGCUCACUCCAGGGAGCCAGGCAAGAAGCGACUGUGAGCAGAGACAGCCAUAACAGUGCCUGGGUGUGCUGUCAUCUCUGCAUCGUGGAAACACUCCAGCCUGGCUGCAGGAAGGAGUUACAUUCCCCAGAGAGAGUGGAAACACAGGGAGUGCUCUGGCAGCUUCAUGGCAGGCUCCCAAAGAGUCUGACACCCAGCCCACAGCUGGUGAGUCCCCCUGGGCGUAAGGAUGAAGAGCAUCUAUCACCCUCAGGGAAGACUGACAGAUGAAAUUGUAACUCAGGACAUUCAUUUAUGGAUACUUUCUCUGGCACAUCAGUGUUGGACUGAGCCAAGCUAUUUCUCAAGAGAAAACUUUUUUUUUGUUACUGUGUUUUUAUGUGGAAGAAAACUCAUUCUGGUGGUUGGAGUCCAGCACAGCUGUACCCAGCAUCCACCACCAGCUGUGCACUCUGAAAACUGCACAACUAAGGAACACAUCGGUUAAACUGGGAGAGUUUGAGAACUUGUCUGCAGGGGGAAAGUACUGCUAAAUAAGACAACGUGGAAAGAUAAAUCAUAUGCUGCCUGCACUACCACUGCUAUAGAAGCACAGAUUGAUGGACAGUGGAAGUAGGCUGCAAACAAAGCUCCCUUCAAACUACGUGCAGUGGAAAUGAGCAGCACUCAGUGUUUGUCAGUACUUUGUCUUCAUACUGCUGCCUUUGACUUUUGGAUGUUCUUGCAGUCUUUCUUGUCUGUGGGGCUGUGAUUGUUCUCAGUUGCAAAGAGCCUUCUUGAAUUAGCCUGGCAGUUCUGCAGUGCAUGUCAGAGGAGGGAGUCUUGGGCAAGCAGCAGUGUUACUGCAAAGCCUUGGCUUCUUGGUACCUUCUCAGCAGAGAAGUUUUUGCAGUAAGCACAUCUGAGAUCCAGUAGGCUAAGCGAGAUGGGAUGCAGAACUUGUAGGCACUGAACUGGAAAACUACUGUGAAAUACUCCAAAGCUCAGGCAGAGUUGUGCCAUAUGUCUCUCUAGGAGAUACCUCCACUUUGUAAACGAUUUUUUUUUCAAAAUCCAAGCAAAUGUUUUUAAUAAAGCAAUGAUAAAGUCUU